ACAGACUUUGAAGUGCUACAGCCAUACAGAGCUCUUGAAAGUGAAAGUAAAAUAGUUCAGGCUAGAGAAGGGAAAUGGCUUCCAAAUCAGAAGAGGAUUACUGCUGUCCUGUGUGCUGUGAUAUUUACACGAAUCCUGUCAUCACAUCAUGCUGUCACAGUGUGUGUAAGGCCUGUCUGGAGAAGUUCUGGAAGACCAAAGGAACCAGAGAAUGUCCCGUCUGCCGAAGAAAAGUUUCAAAGGAGGCAGGCCCUAACUUCGCCUUGAGAAACUUGUGUGAGACAUUCCUAAAGGAGAGGAGUCAGAGAGCUUCAGCAGGGUCUGAGGUGCUCUGCAGUCUGCACAGUGAGAAACUCAAGCUCUUCUGUCUGGAGGAUAAACAGCCUGUGUGUCUGGUGUGUCGAGACUCCAAAAAACACACUGGUCACAAGUUCCACCCAAUAGAUGAAGCAGCACUUGAUCGCAAGGAGGAGUUGAAGACUGCACUGCAGCCACUACAGAAGAAGCUGAAAUCAUUUGAAGAGGUGAAGCUCAUCUGUGAUGAAACAGCACAACACAUCAAGACUCAGGUUGUCAACACAGAGAAGCAGAUCAAGCAGGAGUUUGAGAAGCUUCACCAGUUUCUACGAGAUGAAGAGGCAGCCAGGAUAGCUGCACUGAGGGAGGAAGAGGAGCAGAAGAGUCAGAUGAUGAAGGAGAAGAUUGAGAAGAUGAGCAGAGAGAUCUCAUCUCUUUCAGACACAAUCAGAGCCAUAGAGGAGGAGAUGGAAGCUGAUGAUGUCACAUUCCUGCAGAACUACAAGAGCACAACCACCCAGUGCUCUGUCAUUCUGGAUCCCAACACUGCAAACCCAGUACUCAUCCUGUCUGAGGAUCUGACCAGUGUGAGAUGGGGUGAUGAGAGACAGCAGCUUCCUGAUAAUCCAGAGAGAUUUGACAGGGAUGCCGGUGUGCUGGGCUCUGAGGGCUUUAACUCAGGGACACACUGCUGGGAUGUGGAGGUUGGGGAGAGUAAUGGUUGGCUCCUGGGUGUGAUGACAGAGUCUCUCCAGAGGAAGGGAGACAUUAGCCGUAUGAGUGGCCAGUGGCUAGUGGGGUGUGCUAAAGGUAAAUAUACAGCAGGGGCUCCACCUCAUGAGUAUCAUGCCCUCACAGUGCAGCAGAGACCCCAGAGGAUCAGAGUGCAGCUGGACUGGGACAGAGGAAAGCUGACAUUCACUGACCCUGAUAAUAACACACACCUACACACUUUCACACACACUUUCACUGAGAGAGUGUUUCCAUACUUUGUCACAACACAAAAAAUUACAAUCCUGCCAGUGAAGUGCUGUGUAAGUCUGAAUCCUCACAGUUAGGGCUCAAUCAGCCUGUGUUUUAUUCUGUUGCUGUUUACUACAACAGCAACACCACCAACAGCAACAACAACAUUAUUAUUAGUAGUAACAACUUCAUAACACAAUUCAUACAUACAUGCAGCUCACCGUGCUUUAAUAGAUGGAUUUAAAAUCAAAACAUGGAACAAAAACAAAAAAUCAUUUGUUCGAUGAAAACAACACACAACUUCAAUGGAGUGAAAAUACACCACAGAGCAUUGCUAAUAAAACACACGUAUCACAUAA